UCUCUCGCCAAAUAAUUCCUUCGGCUCCGACGUCUAAAUACAUUUGAAAUGGGUUGCAUUAUUUUUGUGUUGAACAUCGUCAAAAGUUGAAUUUCAACAGGGAAUCUGAAUUAACACUGUGAAAUAACCAACUACUCUACAAAGUUAUUUCUUAAAAAGGAUGCUUUUAAACUUUGGCGGCGAACUUUCCUGAAACGGACUUUAAUUCAAGGUGUGCGUUUUUCACAGGUAACGUCCGGAUUCUCAUAGCGUCUUCUUUAAAUCACAUGUUCCGAAUGAACCCAAACAAAUUCGAGGGAAGUGUCUGUGUAAUGUCAGUUCAUGUUACAUAGUGAAUUAAAAUGUCUGCUGAUUCCACUGAAGCGGACGGGGAUGUAUUUUUCAGCAGUAAGGAAGUUCGAAAGUUCACUACCACCGGAACUUUUCAAGUGGUACUGAAAGGUGGUGCCCCAUGGGGAUUUACUCUGCGGGGUGGGGUGGGUGCCCAGUCACCCGUACAGAUUUAUCAGGUUGAUCCUGAUGGAAAAUGUCCAGGUCAUGUUUUACCUGGGGACUACAUUCUGGCUGUGAAUGGUGUGGCCCCAGAGUCCUUGUCAGAGGGAGAGCAGCUGAUUAAAGAUGCCUUCAAGACUCUAACACUGACCAUGUGGAGGGGAACCUCCAAACUUGAGUCUAGUGUGAAGAUUCUUAGAUCUUCCUCAUUUCUUCACCGAGCACGAGAACUACAGGAACAGGAACGGAACAAGUCUGGGAAUCAAGAUGACAACAUUACAGCAGAGGAUCCGAGAUCUGCAGAGAGAAUGAUGCCAAGGCCACGCAGGGUUGAGAGCUUUCAUGGAAGAGGCAAAGCAAGACAUUUAUCAUCAAAUGCAUUGAACACCUCACCACAUCAAGAUUCACCGGUGAGAAUUAGGAAUAAUUUUUCCUCCAGUUCCAUUUCCUUGUCCUCGCACCCAUCCUCACCGAGAGAUCCUCCAUCAAGUAAGAACCGACAUUCCUACGGAUCCACCUCUCCAGUAACACCAAGUCACAUUACAACACCAGGAAGACAUAGCUUACCAGCACAUUCUUUUAUACCAGCUUCCUUUAGGAAUACAGAAAUUUUACCAAACAAACAGCGACAUUCAUCAGGGAAUAGUACCUCAUCUACAGGGUCAAAUCACCGGCCAUCCAGUCGAGGCACGCAGAAUGAAGAAUCAUCCGGAGGACCGAUGUCUAUAAAAGGAUGGAGCACUGUACAGGAUCUGACACAAAAACAGCAGAAUUCUCCCAAUGUGGACCCACCCAAUGGUAGCCAUGUAGAUCUGAAUUCUGUUGAUCCUCGCCCAGGACGGUUGUCUCCUGCUUCAUCCUCUCCCAGUCUCAACAUGGCCAACCCCUACCAGAGGAAGCCCCCAUCACCACGGCUCGACUUGCACAAGUCCAGCACAGACAUAAGCAGUUACUCACAACCACUGUCUCCCCGAAGUCCAACAAAUCAGUCAUUUUCAUUUUCAAAAGGGUAUAAGAAGAUGGCAUGGAGUCACAAUGCCGAUUAUUCAGGGCAUCGUGAUGACAAACUUAAAGAUGUGAGGCAGUCACUGCCAACCAGUAACAAACCUUUUAAAUCAGACUUACACGAUUAUCAGAACAUUAAUGAUGUGUCCUCACAAGCUGAGGUGGAUCCCGCAGAUCUAGAGCUGCAGAAACUGACACAACGAGCUCCCCGAGAACCUUAUGACCCUCGACCUCCAUGUUCACCCCCAGCACCCCCUGUCAGAGAUGUGUCAAGUUUACAGUAUGUCUGUAAACCUCAGCCACAUGAGAAGUACCCCUCCUGGCCUGUUACUCAACCAAAUUUAGAGACUGAACCAGGGGAGCCAAUAAAUUCGCCCAAUUUAAAACAAGCAUAUCAUCCUCAACUUGGGCCUGUUACCGAACGCAAUAGUCCCAGUAGUGAACGAAAGACUGGGGAUGAUUAUAAAAGAAACGCUAGUGAUCCUGGGUUUAAAAAACAAACAUCAUUAACACGUUUUAUAAAACGCCCAACUCCCAGUGAUCAUGAAAAGAGGACAAUAAAUUUAGAAUCAAAAAGGAGUGCAGAAAGUCAAAUGGAACAGUUCUUUAGUUCUUCUCCAGGUUAUCCAAAUCCAAUGAUGGAUCAGGAUGGCAAUCGCAUUGGAGAUGAAAAAUACAACAUUCCGUCACCUCCAGAGAGGGAGAGUCAAGCUCCUGAUGAAAAGACUCUCUCUGAAAAAAUUGCUUCGAUUGUUGGUCCUCACCACGAUUCUUGGCAUGGAGGUAGUAGUGGAUAUCACAAUGAUUUGAAAAGUCGUGAUUCAUCAUCUUUUAGUGACAGUCCUUACCAGGACUAUAAAAAACAAGAAACUUUUACCAGAAAAAGUCCAGAAAAGGCCCCUGUUGUAAGGGGCUUGGUGGAUACUGGAACCAAUCCUUUGGGUAGUGAUGGGAGAAGUGUGAGUAGUAGUUCACUUCGAUUUGAGCCACCAAGGACUUACGUUGUGAAGCAGAUGGUGUGUUACAACACUGGAACACAAACAGAUAAUAAAUCCUCCACAGACACUUCUAGUAGUGAUAAGUACUUCCAGGAAAAGUCCAUUCAGGCGAGGCUGUCUAGUUCUGAUAGUGACAGUUACAAACAGACAGACAGUCGAAGAAGGGAUGGGUACAUAGGAAACCCUGGAGAUAAUAAGGAUAGAGAAAGGAGGGAAAAUUUUCCAGAAGAUUAUCCUUCAAAUAUGGCUCCAAUGCUUAGAAAACUAACAAAAGAAUAUUACGGUGGAAAACUUGUUGGCAGUGAAAAACGUCUGUCGUCUGCUUCUAGUCAGGACAGUAGCAUACGUAGUCCAGGGUCUGAAAUGCCUUCAUUCAUACAUUAUCCAGGAAUGAAAGAAGCAGAUUCCUACAGUAGUGUUGUUAUUCACCCAAAUGAAAACUCCAUGCCUUUUGGACGAGACUAUACAGAGUCACGAUCCAGUAUAUGUGACUCGAGGCAUGAUGUGUCUGGGUUGGAAAGUGAAAGGAGCUCUGUGUUACCAUCAGAAUCACGUUCCAAACAAAUGAGACAUGGAUUAGAUCCUUCUCUAUACUCUCCAAAAUAUCCACUGUUACACACCGGGAGUAGAUCUGAUCUAAGUAGAGACCAAAACCGCUUAAUUCUGGGUUAUGACAAGCAUUCCAAAGGUACUUUGAACACAGAUGAGUUUCAUCGCAGUGUUCCAAGUGGUGAUACCCCUACAUCUCAGUCAUAUAGUACAUCAGAAUCGCGCUCUUCCACUAGUACUCGCUUUAGUUCUUCUGAGUUAUCUCCAGCUCUACCAAGUCAUUCCAAACCUAGACAUGAGUCAACAGAUUCUGUGUUUACUGAUCCUGCGUCCCCUCUAGUACCAGGAAGUUCAGAUGGACCUCGACGACCAAACGAUUUAAGUCGACAAAUGGGAAGAAGUGCUUCUAUGAAGAAAGCAUAUGGAGUAUAUGAUGAACACUUUCAUAAGAGACAGGAGAGUGAAUUGGUGUCUUCCACACAGUCUCCCACGAUGGUACAUACAAGGUCUCAUUCAUCGUCAGAAUAUGUCCGUAUGGAUUACCAACGAAUGCAUGCAGAAAAUAAGCACAUGGCACUUAUCCGAGAGGACUCUCUGGAAAAUCGCACACAUGAUCAGCGCUGGGAGGACAUGGUAAAGAAGUCCAAGCAGUCUCAGGCUGAUAAAUCAUCAAAUUACGAAAAUAUCCAACUAGGAAACAAAGGUAGUCCUUCUUAUUCCACAAAGGGCAUGUUACCAGCUUCCAAUUUAAAGAGAACAUCCUCUGAACAAAUAAGACCAAUGAAGGACAGAUUUAGUGAUAGGACUAGUGCUUGGAAACUGGACAAUGAAAAUGGUGCUCGUGAUUCCAAAAGUAAAUUCAAAUAUCCCAGCCAGUCACAGAUGGAUUUAUCUUCUAAUGUACCAUCAGAUUCUAGUUAUGAUCAUCGACCAAGGUCAACUUCUGAUUCCAUUCCUAAAGACAGCAGCACUUCCUCUCCCACAAAACGACAUGUCUCAGAUUCUGACAGUGUGUCACCUGACAACCCAGACAUUUCUUCCUCACAGUCUCAAAAUGAUUUUGAUAAAGAUACCAACCUCAAAGAUGUACAACGAAAUGCAGUGCAAAAGUACAUGGACAGGGUAACAGGUAAAAAACCUGAUGAAUUUGAAUCCAAAGAAGAAACCUCAUGUAAAACAUCACUAACCUCAUCCGAAUCUUUCCGACUUAAAUAUGGCAACCGGGCAGAGCGACAGGAGAGUCUUCGCAGAUCAAGGUCAAUAACCUCAAGAGACUCUGAGUACAUGGAAAUGAAGAGACCCGAAAGACAGCAGACCGAAUGGAGUCGAAUCCGUUCCCAGACGGCAGGAAGUCGCCCACACUCCAUCGGGUCCGACUCCAGUCUUGUGGAUCCAUAUGCUGUUACAACACUCUCCUCAUUCCCAGACUCAGAGCAACACCAACGAAGUCAAAGUGACUCAAUCAGCACUAUGUCACAGCUGAACAAAGAUGAGUUGAUGUCAGUCGCUGAUGAAGAGAAUGUUGACCAAAGUUCUGGUGGAAUUUCUAAGAAUUCCUUGUACCAAAAUGUUGGAUAUCGUCCGCCUCCCCCAGUUCCCCCUGGUGUGGAUGAGGAUCAACCACCCGCACUGCCACCAAGAAAUUACAGGAGGUUCUCGGCAAGUCAGUACGAUUCUUCCCUACAUCCCAGACCAAUCCCACAGUCUCUUCCUAGAGAGAGGUCAUCUUUUGGAUAUGACGGACAUUCCAGUGAAUCCAGAGGGAGAUGGGAUGACGAUAAUUAUGCCGAGCAGCUUCGCAAACAGUCAAGACGUCUCUCGGAACAGCAGCACAUGCCCCAGCCUAUGAUUUACAAAACAACAAAAACAUCCAUCCAAGUCACACAGUCUUUCAAGCAGCAGCAUGCGGAGGCUUUGGAAGCCACCUCCCCCAGUGGAUCCACCUCUUCAUCAGAACAUUUCUUCUCUUCACGUCGCAUGUCAGCAGGGCAGCAGCCCUCGUCACCAAGCAGUGCUCCUAGUGUUCCUCCAUUGCCUUCAUCAAAAUACAUGCCAUCUCCAUCCAGCCCACAAAUUUCACCAAAAAGUGAGGGUCCAUCUCGGUCAGAGCACUAUCCAGAACCCAAGUCUUACCAUUCUCCAGAGUCUAAGGAGAGACCAAGGGUAGACAUACCACCAGCCACCCAGAACUGGCAUGGCCGCCCGUCUCCGAACAGUCCAGACCCACCACCCCCACCCACCCCACAGAAAGAGAUCAAUUCAGAGGUGGACCUGCCACCUCCCCCACCAGAACUGAUGGAUAAUUCACCAGAGCACAUGGAUGAUAGAAGCAGAUAUGCAGAGGAUUCCUAUGGUUCAUACAAGAAUCGAAGUGAUCGCCAGCCCGGGGUGUACAAACGUUCAGCCUCCUCAGGAGAUGCUCUAAAACUUCUACACGAAAACAACAACUACAAACAACAGGGAGAGAUACAGAAACCCCCCAGAAAAAGACUACAGCCUGUGUGGAAGAGUGAGCAGACUGUCAAUCAAAAUGAUCAGAUUCCGGAGCAGCGAGACAUUCCUUAUAAAGACCCUGUUGUCCCUGAACGACCACCGAGACCUUUAGGCUCUUCUCAGAGUUCUAGUCACCUUUUGGCACCCAAACCUUACACAGCACCAGAAUCAAAGAAAAGUAAUAGUUUUUCUGUGACUUCCUCUGAUCAGGACUCGCUGACUAAUCCUCUCACAGACAGACACUCGGUGCAGGAAAGGAUUUCUUCCAUUGAAAGGAAACAGAGUCUUUCUAGGGAGAGGCCAGAAAUCAGACAAACUACUCCUCACAGUCACUCGUUCAACAGAAAAUCAUAUGAAAACUUGUCCAAAUCUUUCACGGCAUCACCUAAUGCAAAGUCAUUUGAAACAGACAAAUUCAGUUCAAGUGUAAGUGAUAAUCUGCUAUCACAAAAGCUUAAUUCUAAAUCUGAAGUCUCUACUACCCCUAGCAGAAGGACCUACUCUCUGGACCAAAAUGCUCCUGUUGCUACUAGUACUGCAAGCCCUCCGCCAGUAGACAGAAGCCCUGGGAGUGGCUAUCCGGGAGGCCGUAACAUCAAAGUGAAAAAUAUCGAAUCUAAUGGGCAGAGUGCAAGCGAUUCCAAUUCUUCCAAUACCAAAAUGUCUUUCAGUGAUUCCUUGAGGCAAUCUCCCAGUGAGUCUAACACCACACAUACCUCUAGUCCUUCAGCAAAUAACAAUGUUAGUGACUUAGUACAGCAUAGUAGGCAACGCUCCCAAGAAGAACUAGAGUGUGAUGCCAAAGUCGAGGAAUUCGCCAAAAUAUAUGAGAAAAAGGACCCCAAACUGUCCAGCAUGCUGAAGAGCGAUGGUGGUAGAAUGCAGUAUAUGGGCGGACUUUUCCAAACUGAGAUUGACCAAGAUUUACUUGUUCGACGAUCUCCUAAAACUUCACCCAAGUCUUCCAGUGUGGGCAAAGAUCAAGAGGCCCUCAAGAGUGUAACCCCCAAUAAGGAAGGGAAAUCAGAUGAAGAGGAGAAGUCACCUCUACCAUCUAACUACUGGGUCUCCCCCUCCAAAGCUCUCAUAGAGAUGAAUAUCCGGCAGAGUGACAGCAUCGGGAGAGACAUGACCAAGGACAUCGAUGAUUCGGACAAAUUAAUCAAAACAAAGGAGGAACUGGUUGAAAGCAUUCAGAAGAAAAUGGACAAACUGAAGGAAGAGAAAAAGGAGCUGACUAAUGAGCUGGAGGAGACAGAAUCACUUGGAAAAGAGGUACAGAAAGCUGUUGAUAGAAAGUGCAAAACACAGCAUGAGAAGGACAAGUUUAAGACUUAUAUUGGAGACAUGGAGACGAUCAUACUUCUGUUGCUGAAAGUUUCAGGAUUACUGGCUCGGGCGGAGAAUUCCCUACAGAGUCUACCCAAAGACACAAAUGAGCGAAUCAAAAAAAUUGCAGCUGACAAGCGAGAUAGAGCAAAGCAGCAACAUGAAGAUGCAAAGGUUUUAAAGGCAGACAUUGAAAAGCGAAGCCAGCAGAUAGAGGUUUUCCUUCAGGAGGCCCUGAGUGAGGAUGAGUUUGGGGAUUACAAGUAUUACGUCAAAAUGAAAUCAAAACUGACAAUUGAAAAACAGGAGCUGGAGGACAAGAUAGCUCUGGGGGAAGAACAAAUUGCAGCUCUGAAGCUGAGCAUUCCAGAGAAACAUUGACAGAUAGGGGAGCCCCCUACAUGACGAAGUGCUAUAUUUUGUGAUAUUUGACUGGCAUAUGCAGUACUGACAGUAUUUGCUGCAGAAUCAAAAUGUGAUUUCGAUGAAACUGAUUCCAGACUUUCGACUUGAAAAAUUUGUGGCAUUUUUGGAAUCUCCCAUUACUUUGCUGGUCAAUUAUUUGUACAGAUGUGAAUACAAAUUUGAUGUAUCUGCUGUUAUAUAUGAAGUGUGAUACCUAAUAUAUGGAUAUGAUCUCGGAUGUAUGUUUUUUCAUUGUUAUGGAAUUACAUUUUGUGUCAUUUAGGGACAGCAGUUCUAGAACAUAAACUGCUUGUUAUGAACAAAGAUAGUAUCAUUAACUGUACACAAAUUUUGACAUAAGCUCUCAUUGAUAUUUUGAAAAGUAAUCUCUCCACAUGCUGCAACAGGUACUGCAAAGAGUUGUUCAGUUGGUGCUGUCAAAAUGAAGCUCAAACUUUGUUGUACAGAGAAGUAAAUCAUGUAGUUAUUGUGAUGUCAAUGGGUUUGUUAAUGUUAUAAGCUGUUAAGAAUUGUGCGAGAGAGAAACAGAUGUGUAUAGGAGUGUGUGUGUGUGUGAAUUUAAUCAUGUGAUUUGUGUGACUGUGUAAGUGUGUGUUAUUUAUUACAUUUUUAGUUGAUCACGCCACACAUUUGAUGUUCAAACCUGUAACAUUGAAUCAUAUCAGUACUUAAGUACUGCUUUCAUUACAUGAGGUAUAUUGGUAGAUGACAAACAUUUAAACCAACCAAGAAUCAUAUCAACCAAAAUCAUUCCAAAGGAAACUAUUGUAGGUCAUUCCAUAGUAUAAAAACAGCAAAAUACGCAAAUAAACUGCAAAUUGGAGAUAAUAAUGAGUAUUUUGGUACAUGUAGCAGCUUUUUGAACAUAUUAUUGAGAAAGUGAGCAUUGAAUGUGAAGAGUGGACAUAAUAUUUUGUUAUAUAAAUGCAAGUAUUAUAUAUUUUAUGAUGAUUGCAAUUUACAUUGAUACAUACCGUUAAAAUAUGUUUCCAUAGAAAUAAAAAAUGGUGUGUGAAAAAGAAAA